AUGGAGGUUCCCGAGUCCAGCAGCCUGAGCCACACCCAUGAGACCGAUGGCGUUAAGGGCAUGGCAACACCAGACCCCUUGGACGGACAAGUUGCACCACCUACCAACACUGCCCCCGAUCGUACCAACUUUAUUGCUCGUGAUAUCGUACACGAGAUAUGGAACGGUCUUUCGCUACCUCCCAACGCCCUUACAUCUCUGGAACUUCCCGGCGAUAAUGGAAAGCCAGCAGUUCCUUCUUCCUACAAAAUCGGAUCCCUAGCGCAAGGCACCAUAGCCCUUUCGGGGUUGCUGGCAGCUCUUAUCCACUCUCUACGAAAUCAAGCUCCCGUGCCAAAGGUGACUGUGCCCCAAAAGCACUCCGUCAUCGAGUUCAAGUCCGAGAGGCUUUACAUACUUGAAGGGAAGCCUGCACCCACUACUCGGGGUACAAUAGGAGGUCUACACAAGACUUCGGAUGGUCAUGUUCGUAUCCAUGACUCGUUUCCUAAUCAUCGGGAUGGGACGUUGGAGCUGUUAGGCUUACCUAAAACUGCCAGUCGCAUCGACGUGACCAAGAAAACACAAGAUUGGGCGAGUAUUGAUCUGGAGACUGUCGGCCUAGAAUCCCGUUUGGCGAUUUAUGCUCUCAGAUCGUACAAACAAUGGGACAUGUUGCCUCAAUCCAGAGCUAUCGACGAUUUCCCUAUUUCUCUGACAAGAGUUGCUCCGGGACCUGUUGGUCUGUCUCCUCGUCUUACACCAGGCAACGACAAAUGCCUUCGAGGUCUACGAGUCGUCGAGAUGAGUCGAGUUAUCGCCGCACCCGUGGCCGGCAGAACCUUGGCCGCUCACGGCGCUGAUGUCAUCUGGGUGACUUCUCCCACCCUUCCAGAUCUGCCAAAGACAGAUCCCGAUGUUGCUCGAGGCAAGCGCACAGUUCAUAUCGAUAUCAACAACGUUGAGGGCCACCAGAAGUUGACAGAACUCAUCAAAUCAUGUGAUGUUUUCAUCCAGGGUUUCCGUCCUGGUAGUCUAGCGGCCAAAGGAUUCGGCCCGGAUGAAGUAGCGGCUUUGAACCCGGGUAUAAUCUACGCCUGCUUAUCUGCUUUCGGUCCAAAGGGACCUUGGUCGGGGAGGCGUGGCUACGACUCUCUUGUGCAAACGUGCUCAGGUAUGAAUGUCUCCGAGGCUGAGCAUUAUGGCGCUGGUGAAGCAGCUCGACCAACACCUUGUCAAGCGUUAGACCAUGCUUCAGGCUAUCUACUGGCUUCAGGCGUCAUGGCAGCUCUGCACCGACAGUCUGUUCAAGGGGGAUCCUACCGUGUCGACGUGUCACUGGCUGGAACGAUGAAGUAUCUGCGCAGCAUGGGCCAGUACCCCGGAAAGUCAGGAUUUGAAGCUAUCGACAACGAGAAGCCUUCUGAUGUGGAGGAGUAUCUGGAGACACGCCAAACUGGUUUCGGAGAAAUGAGAGCCGUCAAGCACAGCGUCAGUGUACAGGAUGCUGAGCCAUCGUGGGAUAUUAUGCCAAAGCCACUUGGUAGCGAUGAAGCUGAAUGGUUGUAG